UGCGAUUUGUCAAUCGGGGAGGGACACACCUGUACUCUCCAAGUGGUGACCAUUCUGAUGACAUGGCACUUCGAAAUUUGGGGGCUGUUUUCAGUAGGCUAAGCUUGACAUCAGUGACUACUAGAAGCACCAAACAGUUGUCUCACAGUUGGCCUCACAGCAGGCUACCUCCCCUGCCAACUGCCUCAAACACACCCUUGUCAUCGCUAUCCCUUGGCAGUGUCACUUGUACAGCCCUCACUUCAAGCAGACAGUGUUUCACUGUGCACCCCUGUGACUUGUCUUCUCAAAGUUUAUUAAGCCCCAAACAACUAUUCUCACAGCAGGUCCGAGGAGUGAGCAGCAGUGUGACGUGCCUGGCCAGCCUGAACCAGAUGCACCGCACUGGUCCCAUAAAAAAGAAACGAAAAAAUAAGAAUCCUCUUGUGAACCGACCCUUUGCUCGUGGUGUGGUGCUCAAAACACUUAUUAAGAAACCAAAGAAGCCCAACUCUGCUAACCGCAAGUGUGUGUUGGUGCGGCUCACUACAGGGCGAGACAUGAUUGCCUACGUACCAGGCGAGGGACAUAACCUGCAAGAACACAAUAUUGUUUUGGUGCGUCCUGGCAGACUGAGGGACACACCUGGCGUCAAGCUUAAGUGUGUGCGGGGGAAGUAUGACCUCCAGCAUGUCAUCAAGAAGCAGCAUUAAGGAGAAAGUCAACACUGGGCAUUAUGGAACAACGUCAGUUUGCCAACAAAAAGCAACAAGCAGAUUUAACUCCCAACUAUGGGCCUUGUGGCAGAAUGCUCCCUCAGGUCAGUGGUUUAGUCACCUCUCGAUUAAAAUGAGUUUAAAUAAUGCGUUUUUGAUUUAACAUGAAUUGGUAUUUAAGGAGAUACGUUUAACUAACGCGAUAUGUUCAGUUUAACACGAGUUUCAUCGAUGACGGAAACACAUGCUCCCACUCUACUCAAAUUUGCUCCUCACCCGCGCUGGCCACUGCCCCUCUCCGCCACGAGCCGCUCCCCUCACUUCCGCCGCCCCGCCUCGCCUGCCUCCCUCCUCUUCCCCUGACCACCCACGCUAUUGGUAACAAAGACAACUCCUCCAAGUUAAAGUUUUCUAAAGAAAGAAUUGCUACACCACACUUGCAAGUCGGUGACACAACAAAAAUGUGUCCCCACACUCACCAUCACUGCCCUGUUGAUGCGUCCCUGGUCACCGCCGCCGUCUGCCGAACCCCCGCCUCGCCCUCCCCCCUCCCUCCUCACCCCGGGAGGUGGAAGGGAGAGUGGGGUGGGGACCCAGCGGACGAUGGCGGUGAUCGGCGACAGUGAUGGUGAGUACGAGGAUGCGCCUUUGUUGUGUCAGCGACUCACAAAUGCAAUGCAGCAAUUCUUUCUUUAGAAAACAUCAACUCAAAGGAGUCAUCCUUGUCACCAACAACAUGGGCAGUCAAAGGAAGAGGAGGGAGGCAGGCGAGGCAGGGUGGCGGGGGCACGGGGCGGGGAGGGGCGGUGGCCGACGCAGGCGAGGAACAAAUUUAAACAAAAUGAGAACGUGCGCCCUUGCUGUUUCCGUGACCCAUUAAUGUAUUAAUAAUGUUUUUUUUUAAGGUUAGAGUAACAAAAUCCACAAAAUAGGCAGACUUUCCCAGUGUCCAGGAACGUAAUCCCCCGUUUCCAUUGUUUCCUAUGGGGAAAUUAUGUUUAAAUAAUGCGACAUCUCCAGGAACAUAACCCUCACAUUAAUCGAGAGGUGACUGUAUAUUGCCACUCCUUAUAAGCUGACAAAGUAACAAAGAUGAUUCAGGCUGACACAGACAGGGACAUACUGCUACAUACAUCACCAUCUACCAUGCUGGUAUACAAUACCAUACCACUACAUAAUUGCUACUAUAGUUGAUUCAUCCAAGUCUGAAGUGAGCAUUAUUGUGCGCUGGCAACCUGCUGUCACAGAGCUUGUCCAAUUUCGUGGAUACUGUAUGCUAGCCUACGCACAGUAAAUAGUCGUCAGUGUAAAUAAUAUGCAGGCAGCAAUAACAAAUACCGUCAAUUAUAGUCGAUUUUGAGUUAAAAUAUAUUAGUAAUGUUGCAAAUAGCUGUUUUAUUAAUAUAAAGCUUGCUAAUUUUCUCAGUGGUGGAAAGUUUCAAGGCUGUUUAAUAAUUGUAAUCAGCAAUCUUGUAAAUUGACAAAACAGCUAUUUGCAACAUUACUAAUAAUUUUUUUUAAUUCACAAUCGACUAAUUGAUGGUAUUUGUUAUUGCUGCCUGCAUAUUAUUGACACUGAUGACUGUUUACUAUGCGUAGACUAGCAUACAGUAUCCACGAAAUCGGACACACCGUGUGACAGCAGGUUGCCAAUGCACGAUAAUGAUCACUUCAGACUUGGGUGAACCGACCCAGUUCACCCAAGUCUGAAGUGAUCAUUACUAUUAUACCAGUCUUAUUGAGCAUUAUUAUUAUACCAGUCUUGGUGCAUCAUACCAGCAAUAUUGUUAUUCUAUAUAUAUAGCCAUAAAUGCAGCUCCUGGCGGCAAUACUGCAGAGUACAUCAUCUAUUUGUUUUUAUUCUAUGUGCAGUAUGAUGUAUUCCUUUGUAGAUGAUUGUUAUGCUCAAUAAACUAUUUCCCUGUACAGUACAUCCAUCA